CGCAGCCUCCUUGAAAACCACAUGCGUCUCCCUGCUCCGCUCUCUCGGCUCCGACCCAGAGAGAUGCGCGCGCUUCGGGACGCCGCACCCCCGAGUCCUGCCCGGCGAUAGCCGCGCGUCCCCGCACCCAUGACCCGACUCCCGGUGCGAUGGGUUAGACGGACCAUGGCACGUUUUGACGCACUUUGCCUGUCGCGCGAAAUGCCUUGCGUCGUCAGGAGAGCCGCGCUGCCGAGCGGCUGAAGAGCGAGCGCACAAACAGAGUAGAAAGAAGAGGAGUGGAACCCGAGUCCAGUCAUUUCUGUCCCGCUUCCUCCACUUCGGCUGUGAGCGAUGAUCACGGAGCUGCUGUGCACCGCCGCGGCAGUGGGUCUCUAUCUGAACACGCUGGACGCGGAUUUCUGCUACGAUGACAGUCGAGCCAUCAAAACCAACCAGGACCUUCUCCCAGAAACCCCGUGGACCAACAUCCUGUACGACGACUUCUGGGGAACCCUGCUCACCCACAGCGGCAGCCACAAGUCCUUCCGUCCUCUCUGCACCCUCUCCUUCCGCCUCAACUACACGCUGCACGGGCUGCGGCCGUGGGGCUUCCACCUGCUCAACGUGGCGCUGCACGGCCUGGUCACCGCCCUCUUCACGGCCUUCAGCCGCCCCCUGCUGGGAGGGGGGCCGUGGAGCCUGCUGGCCGGCCUGCUGUUCGCCUCCCACCCGGUGCACACGGAGGCGGUGGCGGGCGUGGUGGGACGGGCGGACGUGGGCGCCGCGCUGGCGUUCCUGCUGUCCCUCCACUGCUACGCGAGGCACUGCGGGCUUCGUGGGGAUGCAGGCGGGGCCGUGUGCGCGGGACAGCGCGGGGGCGGCUCAGCGGCCAGGUGUUGGGGCUGGAUGCUGGGGAGCCUGUGGUGCGCUGCAGCCAGCAUGCUGUGGAAGGAGCAAGGGGUGACGGUGCUGGCCGUGUCGGCUGCGUACGACCUGUUCGUGAUCCAGAGACUCCGGCUUCGCCAGGCGCUUGACCUCCUCCUGGGAAAGAAGAAGAACAUGCCUCUUCUGCUGAGUCUCGGCGUCCUGGCCUCCUGGGGAAUGUUUCUGCUGUCGGCGCGCCUCUACUGGAUGGGCAACAAGCCUCCCAACUUCUCCAACUCGGACAACCCUGCAGCCGACUCGCCGCAGUUCCUCACCCGGACCCUGACCUUCCUCCACCUGCCGGCCGCCAACGCCUGGAUCCUGCUCUGCCCCGACAGGCUCAGCUUCGACUGGUCCAUGGACGCCGUGCCGCUGGUGAGGGGCCUGGCUGACGGCAGGAACCUUCACACCGCUGCCUUCUAUGGGGGAUUCAUCCUCCUCCUGCUCGUUGGCGUGCGCCCUCCGGCCUGCAGAGCGAAGGAGAGCAAUGGGAAAGCCCACGUGGCCAAUGGGAAAUCGGUCACUAACGAGAAUGGUUAUCAUGCCACUGAUGCAAACCAUAACACAGAGCAGGCGCCUCCGAAGAACGGCGUGAAUGGAUCGGCCGGCCUUCACCCCUUCCCUCCACCGCCGUCCGUGCCCCCUACUCCAAACCUGGUCCUGUUCUCACUGGGCCUCCUGUCGCUGCCGUUCGUCCCCGCCACCAACCUGUUCUUUUACGUGGGCUUCGUGAUCGCCGAGCGGGUUCUCUACAUUCCCAGCAUGGGUUUCUGUUUGCUGAUCGCAGCCGGCGCCAGAGCCUGGUACGUCAGACUGAGGACUAGAGGCCGCAGGGCCUCGCUGCUGUGUGCGUGCACGGGGCUCGUCCUGCUGAACGGGCUUCGAACUGUUCAAAGGAACGGGGACUGGAGUAACGAGGAAAACCUCUACAAGUCUGGGAUUAAUGUGAACCCUGCUAAAGCCUGGGGAAACUUGGGGAACGUACUGAAGAACCAGGGCAAGAUGGCAGAGGCGGAGACGGCGUACAGGAACGCUCUGCACUACCGGGGGAACAUGGCUGACAUGCUGUACAACCUAGGUUUGCUGCUGCAGGAGAGCGAGCGGUUCUCUGAGGCGCUGCAUUAUUACAGCCUGGCCAUAGGGAGUCGUCCAACUCUGGCAUCCGCCUACUUGAACACGGGCAUCAUCCUGAUGAACCAGGGCAACCUGGACGAGGCCAAGCGCACCUUCCUCACCUGCGCCGACAUUCCCGAUGAGAACUUGAAGGACCCUCACGCCCAUAAGAGCUCCGUCACCAGCUGCCUGUACAACCUGGGGAAGCUGCUGCAUGAACAAGGCCUGCAGGAGGAGGCCCUGUCUGUUUAUAAGGAAGCAGUGCAGAAGAUGCCCAGACAGUUCGCACCACACAGCCUUUUCAACAUGAUGGGAGAGGCCUACAUGAGGCUGAACAGGCUGGAGGACGCAGGCCACUGGUACAGAGAGUCCCUCAGGGCCAAGCCUGACCACAUCCCUGCUCACCUCACCUACGGCAAGCUCCUGUCCAUCACUGGUCAGAAGACAGAAGCAGAGCAGUACUAUCUGAGAGCUAUUCAACUGGACCCAACUAAAGGGAACUGCUACAUGCACUACGGGCAGUUCCUGCUGGAGCAGGAGCGUCUCAGCGAGGCGGCGGCGAUGGCGGAGAGGGCCGCGCAGGCGGACGGCUCGGAGUUCGACGUGGUCUUCAGCGCCGCCCACAUGCUCAGACAGGCCAGUCUAAACGAGGCGGCGGAGCGGCAGUACGAGCGGGCGGCCAGGCUCCGGCCAGAUUACCCGGCUGCUCUGAUGAACCUCGGUGCCAUCCUCCACCUGAACGGGAAGCUUCCCGAGGCGGAGGCCAACUACCUGCGCGCGCUCCAGCUCAAGCCCGAUGAUGUCAUAACCCAGUCCAACCUGCGCAAGCUGUGGAACAUUAUGGAGAGGCAGGGACUCAGGACUAAGCACAGCCUCGGGACGCAGAGGGGCGACCUUUGAACUGAGGGCGUUGCCACGGUGACACAGACUCCUCCAGGGAAUGAGGCAGGACAGGAGGUGACAGAGCUGGAAGCUAAACGCUCUUGGUACCGGAUGGGAUGGACUUUGGAGACAAUUUGGGACCAUGACAACCAGCAUCAGCUGAUUUAUGGUUCACUAAUGAAAAGCUGGGUGUUUCAAAGGACUUCAUUUAAAAAAGGAUGUAGCAACUUUAUUUAAAGAUUCAUUUCUUCAGUUUGCCAGCAUCAACCAAUCGACUGACACUGAGCUGGUGUUGUGUUAAAGGGGGAAACAGAAUCGCCACAUAAAUGUAUGUUUACAGACUUGUACAGAUGAAUCGUUCAACAAGCAGUCAGUCGGUUUUGCCGUCGGAGCCGAAGGCUGUUUCGAACGAAAGCCUCCUCAUUGGUGCCAAAGCUUGUUACGGAGCCGCCACACCGCUUGUGCCAAGCGAAGGCUGCCGUCGUGUGCGUGUCGUGUUCCUCUCGUCAAAUGAAGAUGUCAAAGGUAAUUUAUUAACGUUAUAACGUGUGAGGACGCCAACACUGUGUUUCGCUGUCAGAGCCCACCCUCGCUCGCCCCUCCACACGCGCGCCACGCUUGUUCUCGCUCUGCUCAGGGACAUCACGGUGAUUCCUGUCACACAGCGACUGCGUGACACCGAGAGCGUCUUCAAAAUGUAAAUGAUUUUUGGUUAAAUUAUAGAAAACGUGUAGCUGUUGUGUUUUGUAAAGAGACGUGAAACUUUUUUCCACAAUAAAGGUUUUUGCUCUGCAGA